CAAUACUGGAGAGCCAUUCCCAAGUUGCGCCUUCCCUUAGUAAUAGCAUUAGUUCAGUUUUCCUGUGUUAACACUUUUGGCUUGUGUUUCGGAGAGGACUCAGUUUCCACCAAAAAAACGUUGAUCAGCGUAACUGGUAUAACUUGUUCUGCUAGGAUGUUCCACCAUUUGACUACUCAAUGAGAAGCGAUCUGGCAUGAUCACCUUGAGUUGGACCGUUCACAGUUUCAAGUCUUAUUUCUGGUUUCACAGAUCUUCACACACUGCUCUUCAUAGUUCCCGUGCGCACAACCUGCCUUCAGAUAGACGCAAAUCAACCAAAGACUAAACACUUCGUUUAUUAGCUUGAUUAAAUGUCCGAACAAGUAGUGUCAGAGGAUGUAAAGUGUGUCAAAGUUUCAAAAAUAUCUCUUCAUUCUGACGAGGACGCAGUUAAAGACGCGUUCGAAUGGCCAACUGAGGUGUUUCAUACGCCUUUAAGGUCAGAAACACUAUCCAAUGGCAAGUCAAAUGGGAAAAUAAGAAUUACAACAGAUACUGCUGUGAGCUUGCACGCUUUCAAAAAUAUGGCUCCUGAAACAAAAAGCAUGACAUCUGGAUUUUCUAGUUCUAAUGUAGCAAGUAAAAUCUGUCAUUUGUCUACAUCACAUCCUGGUUUUCGGACUACUUACAGUCAUUACAAGCGAUCCGUUUUACGGCAAGCAAGAUGUCAAGCAGAUAACCUUCGAUUGAAGUUUGCUAAAGAGUGUCGUGCAAUAAAGAGUCACAAACAAUUCGCUGGUCCACUCUUAUCCACAGGACAACGCUUUGUAUAACUUAAACGUUCAUAUUCUACUGAUCAUAAUAAUUUAAUAAAUAUAUUGUACAUAGUUCCC